ACUGCUUUUUUUUUUUUUUUGUAAAUAAUAAUAAUAAAAAGGGACAUAGGAAACACCAGUCUUGAACUUCACUUCAAGAACCCGGGCUGCAAAGGAAAUCUCCUUUGUUUUGUUAUUUAUAUGCUGUCAAGUUUUGAAGUGUUCUGCCAGGUGAUCUGUAAGACAGUGACUGAGUAUGGAUCAUUUGAACGAGGCAACUCAGGGGAAAGAGCAUUCAGAAAUGUCUAACAAUGUGAGCGAUCCGAAGGGUCCACCAGCCAAGAUUGCCCGCCUGGAGCAGAACGGGAGCCCACUAGGAAGAGGAAGGCUUGGGAGCACAGGUGCAAAGAUGCAGGGAGUGCCUUUGAAACACUCGGGCCAUCUGAUGAAAGCCAACCUUAGAAAAGGAACAAUGCUCCCAGUUUUCUGUGUGGUGGAACAUUAUGAAAACGCCAUUGAGUAUGAUUGCAAGGAGGAGCACGCUGAGUUUGUGUUGGUGAGAAAGGAUAUGCUUUUCAACCAGCUGAUAGAGAUGGCGUUGCUGUCUCUCGGCUAUUCGCACAGCUCUGCUGCCCAGGCCAAAGGGCUCAUCCAGGUUGGGAAGUGGAACCCAGUUCCACUGUCAUAUGUGACAGAUGCCCCUGACGCUACGGUAGCGGAUAUGCUUCAAGAUGUGUAUCAUGUGGUCACACUCAAAAUCCAGUUACACAGUUGCCCCAAACUAGAAGACUUGCCUCCCGAACAAUGGUCGCACACCACAGUAAGGAAUGCUCUGAAGGACUUACUGAAAGAUAUGAAUCAGAGUUCGCUGGCCAAGGAGUGCCCCCUUUCACAGAGCAUGAUCUCCUCCAUUGUGAACAGCACGUACUAUGCAAAUGUCUCGGCAGCAAAAUGUCAAGAAUUUGGAAGGUGGUACAAACAUUUCAAGAAGACAAAGGAUAUGAUGGUUGAAAUGGAUAGUCUGUCUGAACUGUCCCAGCAAGGCACCAACCAUGUCAACUUUGGCCAGCAGCCUGUCCCAGGGAACACAGCUGAGCAGCCACCAUCUCCUGCACAGCUCUCCCAUGGCAGCCAGCCCUCUGUCCGGACCCCUCUUCCGAACCUGCACCCUGGGCUUGUGUCAACACCUAUCAGUCCUCAGCUGGUCAACCAGCAGCUGGUGAUGGCCCAGCUGCUUAACCAGCAGUAUGCCGUGAACAGACUCCUAGCCCAGCAGUCCUUAAACCAGCAGUACUUGAACCACCCUCCCCCUGUCAGUAGAUCCAUGAAUAAGCCUUUGGAACAGCAGGUUUCAACCAACACGGAGGUCUCUUCAGAAAUCUACCAGUGGGUGCGGGACGAGCUGAAACGAGCGGGAAUCUCCCAGGCAGUGUUUGCACGCGUGGCUUUUAACAGAACUCAGGGAUUGCUUUCUGAAAUCCUCCGAAAGGAAGAGGACCCCAAGACUGCAUCCCAGUCUCUGCUGGUAAACCUUCGGGCUAUGCAGAACUUCUUACAGUUGCCCGAAGCCGAAAGAGACCGGAUAUACCAGGAUGAGAGAGAACGGAGCCUGAACGCUGCCUCGGCCAUGGGUCCUGCCCCACUGUUGAGCACUCCGCCCAGCCGUCCCCCCCAGGUGAAAACAGCGACUCUCGCCACUGAGAGGAAUGGGAAACCAGAGAACAAUACUAUGAACAUCAAUGCCUCCAUUUAUGACGAGAUUCAGCAGGAAAUGAAGCGUGCUAAAGUGUCCCAAGCACUCUUUGCAAAGGUUGCUGCCACAAAAAGCCAGGGAUGGUUGUGUGAGCUCUUACGCUGGAAAGAAGAUCCUUCUCCAGAAAACAGGACCCUGUGGGAGAACCUGUCCAUGAUCCGAAGGUUCCUUAGUCUUCCUCAGUCUGAGCGCGAUGCCAUCUAUGAGCAGGAGAGCAAUGCUGUGCAUCACCAUGGCGACAGGCCGCCCCACAUCAUCCAUGUUCCAGCAGAACAGAUUCAGAGCCCCUCUCCCAGCACCCUUGGCAAAGGAGAGAGUAGAUGCGCUUCCCUACCAGGCCUGCUGACCCCCGCACCAUGGCCCAGUGCUGCUCCUCAGCAGCAGCAGCAACAGCAGCAGCAGCAGCAGCAGCCGCCACCUCCUCCUCCUCAGCCGCAGCCCCAGCCCCAGGCAGGCCCCAGGCUGCCUCCACGGCAGCCCACGGUGGCUUCGUCUGCAGAGUCCGACGAGGAAAACCGGCAGAAGACCAGGCCACGAACCAAAAUUUCCGUGGAAGCCCUGGGGAUCCUUCAGAGCUUCAUCCAGGACGUGGGCCUGUACCCGGAUGAAGAGGCCAUCCAGACUCUGUCUGCGCAGCUCGACCUGCCCAAGUACACCAUCAUCAAGUUCUUUCAGAACCAGCGGUACUAUCUCAAGCACCACGGCAAGCUGAAGGACAACUCCGGCUUGGAGGUGGAUGUGGCGGAAUACAAAGAGGAGGAGCUGCUGAAGGAUUUGGAAGAGAGCGUGCAGGAUAAAAACGCCAACACCCUCUUCUCCGUGAAGCUGGAGGGAGAGCUGUCCGUGGAAGGGAGCACAGACAUUAACGCCGACUUGAAAGACUGAGAAUUUUUGUUUCAGCUGUACCACUGGUAUUUACUAACAAAAUGAAAAGUCCAUCUUGUGUUCACUCAAAAAGCGUUCAUUGUUUAUUGUUUGGCCGAUGAAUUUUCAGAAACUUGCACAAACAGGAAGUUGGAAGGACAUGACAGACAGCACGAAAGGUUUUACUGUUUUCCCGGACUGCGUGGCAGCCCAGUGAAGCGUCAAGGGUUGUCUGAUGGCAGAAUUUGUGUUCAAGGGUUGCACUGUGUGUGUGCGCGCCCUGUCAGCAUGAUACCAGAGAUUGGUUUUCCUUUUAAUUAAUAUUAUUCUGGAGCCUCAAAUAAGCAUUAUAACUUCUGUGAUUAUGAUUGCCUUUCCUUUAAUUAUUUCUGUAACACUCCACACUGGUCUUUGGAAACUGGCCCCUUAUUUUAAAGAGAAAAGGAAAAAAAAGUUUGUUACUCGAUUGUAUGUUAAAAAAAAAGAACUAUAGACUGUGGACUGCAGUUUAAAGAUGACAUAUGCCAACAAAUGCCUUGUAUUAUAUGGCACUGCCGUAAUUAAAAUUUGUUUUUUUAUUUUGGAAAUAAAAGUUCACUGUAAUUUUUUUUUUCAUUCUCAUUGUUACAUGAUUCAUUGUUACAUGAUUUUUUUUUUUAAGGAAACGAAAAUGUGAAACACAAUUUAGUCCUCGUUAUUUAUUUGUAGAUCCUGCAGCAUCAUGUUGUAAUUAAGUUUCUGGAAGUUUCUGUUAAAUGUAAUGUUGCUUCUCUUGUUACCAUACUGUUUUCCUUUCUAUUUAUAACUGUAUUUUGACGGGCAGUAAAACAAAGUGUCUUAAAAGUUUAAAUAGAGAAAAUGUGCUUUACACAGUUGCCUAUAAAAGUCUGUUAUCCGAGCAAUUCACUCUAGAAGCUUCACUCUGUGUCGUAUGCAAUUUUUACUAUCAUGCAAAUAAGCUUAGGUAAAUAAAACUAAUAGAUCACCUUAGAAAAUUAUGCAAUUAAUGUGAAAAUAAUUGAUGUUGCAAUGUGUCUUCCUUUGGUUCACAAUCAAUUUUAGAGCGGCAUCUGUAUACAAUCUCUGUAUAAAGGUGUAUUUCUUUUUUAUGAGUUUAUGGCUAUGAAAACACCAGCUAUUUUGUUACAGCUGCUGUUUUUAUAAGUGUAUCACAAUUUUCUUUAUGCAGAAAUGUGCUUAUUAGGAGUGGUUAUUGACUGUAACGACACGAUUAAAAUUGUUUGUAUGGUA